CUUCCCCAGAGGAGCUGCCAUGAGGACGGCCACGGUUCUGGUGCUGGCGCUCGUCGCGGCCUUCGCCGCCGCCUCCGUCAUCCCGGAGCGCACGCGCAAAGUCGCGGACAAGGAGCUGCUGAACAAGCAGCGCGACAUCCUGCGUCUGCUGAUCCGCGUGCAUCAGCCCAGCUACGUGGCCGAGGUGCUGGAGGUGGCCCAGUCCUUCAACCCUGAGGAACACCUCGACCUCUACAAGGACCAGGAG